UUAACGGUCGUCGCAUAUUAGUAGCGUCAUCACUUUCCGCUCCUAGGAUCAGUCGACUACACGUGUGGUUUUUACCAACGUUUACCAAUGGCAGGCUCAUUUUCUCAGGAGCUAGAGGAUUUGUUGAAUCCUUUGCCUAAAUUUGCUGAUCCCGAGGAUGAAGAUGACGAGGCGACUAAAGCCAAAGUGAUAGAAAGAUUCAACGAGGACGACGAUGAAGAUGGGGGCCUAAGUGCACUGCGGAAGCACAAUUCAUCUCUGCUCUCAGAAACGGACAGACGGUAUGUGGGGAAGACAGUCUCUCGUAAACAGCUGCUGAUGGAUGUUGAUGAAUCUGGUGAGGAGGAAGGCAGCAUAGAAGAGCAAGAUGAAGAAGAGGAUUCUUUAGGGGAUGAAGAAGCUGAUGAUGAAGAAAAUGAGGAGGAGGAGGUGGUGGGCAGGGAUGCACAACUAAGUGCUCAACUGUCCUUUCCUCAGGGAGUGGACUUCCACAAACUGACAGAGGGCAUGGAUGACCUGGGAGUUAGUGAAGAUGACAGUGGCGAGGAGACUGAAGGCAGCGAUGAAGAUGACGACGAGACGGAAGACGAUGAUGACGACGAGGAUGAGGGAACUGUCCGCACAUUUUCUCAAGAGAAAGUAGACGAAGAGGUUGAGAAAGGGAAUGCUGUGAAGAACCAGCUAGCCCUGUGGGACCAACUGCUUGAGGGUCGAAUCAAAAUACAGAAAGCUCUGAUGACUGCCAACCAGCUUCCACAGCCGCAGACCUUCCCACACUUUAAGAGGAGAGGUGGAGCCGAGCUUGCGGGCGAACUGAAAAACACCCACAAAGCUUUGAAAGCUCUUCAAAGAUCCCUCCUUGAGCUUCACGACCAGACGCUGUAUCAGAAUGCAAACACGAGGAGCAUCACUCAAGGGAAGACAAACGCUCAGGGUGAAGAUGAGGAGAUAAACACUGAUGAUAAUGAAGUUGAAAACGGGUAUGUGCAGGAGGAGGGCGCGCCUAAACGAAAACUAGAGAUGGCAGAGUACCCAAACUUCAUGGCCAAACGAUUUGCUGCUUUCCAGCCUUACUGUAACGCCACAUUGCAAAAGUGGCAUGAUAAAACCAGACUGACUAUGGGCAAAAGUAGCAAGGGUUUUGGGGCGUUCGACAGAAACAUAUUGACCCAGGUGGAGCAGGUGAUGAUGGACAAGGAAAGGCUGGUGCGACGCACCCAGACCCGACGCUCAGAAUACAGAGUCCUGGGAAAAAAAGAGGCCUCUGUUCUCACUUCGGAAACUGUAUCCACAGAGGGAGAGGAAGUGGAACAGCUGAAAGCAAACACACAUCUAAAGGAUCUGGAUGAAGAUAUAUUUGAUGAUGAUGAUUUCUACCACCAGCUUCUAAGAGAGCUGAUUGAACGCAAGACGAGUGCAGCUGACCCCAAUGAUCAGGUGGCUAUGGGCAGGCAGUGGCUGGCCAUCCAGAAAUUGCGCAGCAAGAUUAAGAAGAAGGUAGAUACCAAAGCCAGCAAGGGCCGUAAAGUCAGAUUCCACAUCCACAGUAAGCUGGUCAAUUUUAUGGCUCCUAUUGACCACAGCUCAGUGAGUGACGAUGCACGCAGUGAACUGUAUCGUGGCCUCUUUGGUCAGAACUCCUCAAUCAGGGAGUGAUGUGAAGGAGAGACUGGGGGCACAUGCCGAAGUUUUAGGAUGUAAACAAGCAGUGCCUUUUAUUCACACUUGAAUGACGCAGAGUAGCAGUUUGUCAGGAAAAAACUUGGCCUGUUUUUGGGCAUGAGAAGCUUAACAGAAUAUGGACAUGCAGGGGACCUAGUUCUUUAAUACAUUUUAUACAGAGUACAUUUUUCAGUAUGUCUUGUUGCCUAUGCUAUGAGAUUUUUUGAUAAAAUGUUCAAUACAUGAGUAUUUCUAACAAAACAAAAUGCCCAACAACUGUUGAGUGGAUUUAUAGAAAAAAAGUAUGUAAUUUUCUGUCACCAAGUCUCAUAUGAUUCAAGUAAAGUGUGCACUUCAAA